AUCCGGGUCCUGCUCGGUGCUGGCAGCCGCCGCGCCGCGCCGCACCGCGCUGCCGGCCCCGGGGAGCUUGGCCGGCCGGCCGUCCCCGCCGCAGCCUGUAGGUCUGCGGGGCCGCCAUGCAUCUACACCAGGUGCUCACCGGGGCCGUCAACCCCGGGGACAACUGCUACUCGGUGGGCAGCGUCGGGGACACCCCCUUCACGGCAUAUGGCUCAGGCUGUGAUAUUGUUAUUCUGGCAAACGACUUUGAAUGUGUGCAGAUUAUUCCUGGUGCUAAGCAUGGAAACAUCCAAGUCAGCUGUGUGGAGUGCUCCCAGCAACAAGGCAGGAUUGCAGCAUCAUAUGGAAAUGCUAUUUGUAUUUUUGAACCUCUUGGUAUAAAUUCUCACAAAAGAAAUUGUCAACUGAAGUCUCAGUGGCUUAAAUCGGGGCAGUUUUUCCUUAGUUCUAUGACUUACAAUUUAGCAUGGGAUCCUCAAGGUAACAAGCUCCUGACAGCAACUGACAACUUGCAGUUGUGGGCCCCCCCAUGUAGUGACAUUCUAGAAGAAGAGGAAGAAGAGAAUGAUCCUGACAGUCAGAUCAAAGAUGAUAAAGUUCUCCCUGUUCUGAAUGACUGGAAAUGUGUCUGGCAGUGCAAGACUGCAGUAUCUGUACAUCUGAUGGAGUGGUCUCCCGAUGGUGAAUACUUUGCAACAGCUGGAAAGGAUGAUUGUCUCUUAAAGGUAUGGUAUCCAAUGACUGGGUGGAAGUCAUCUCUUCUACCUCGAGAGAGUGAAGAAAAGAAAAAAAGCUCAGCACUUGUUCACUUUUCCUUUGUUUAUUUGGCACAUCCUCGAGCGGUGACAGGAUUUUCAUGGCGUAAAACUAGCAAGUACAUGCCCAGGGGGUCUGUCUGUAACGUGUUACUUACUUCAUGCCAUGAUGGUAUCUGUCGGCUGUGGGCAGAGACUUUAUUACCAGAAGAUAGUCUUCUGGGUGAGCAGAUCAGUGAGACUAGCACUUCCAGCAGUAGCAGCAGCCUGUUGCAUUCUGGAAGGCAAAAAGACAGAAUACAGCAUGCUCUAGAGACACUUCAUCACUUGAAAAAUAUGAGAAAAGGACAAAGAAGAUCUUCAGUUCUUAUUACUCACACAGAAUUAUUGCCUGAUCAACAGGGCUCGCAUGAAGUUCAGCGUCAUAUUUCACAUCAUGCUAAUGCACUCUGUCACUUUCAUAUAGCAGCAAGCAUCAACCCUACCACAGAUAUUCCAUCAGUGUUAGCUGGGACAGCUUUUAAUGUAGAUGAAGGAAAUGGAGGCUUUGUGGUUCAUUGGCUGAAUAAUAAAGAAUUUAAUUUUACAUCCUCAAUUGAAGUAUUUAUGAGGCAUCUAAGAAAACUUGCUGAACAACAACCAGAACAAGAUGCUGAUGAUGCUGAUGGUGAAGAGGAGGAGGAAAUGGAGGAGAAAGAGAGAGGCUUACAUAUGAAACUAGAUCAUGAAUUAUCUAUCGAUAGAGAAUCUGAGACAGGAACAGCUACAGGCUCUUCAGAACAUGAAGAUGGAGAAAGAGAGGGGAGCCCCAAAACAUCUCCAUCAGCCAGCCCACGUAUGCCACUUCCUACAGUUUUGUUAGAUCGGAAAAUUGAAAUGCUUCUUACUGAAUGGAACAGGAAUCCAGAUAUGCUUUUUACUAUUCACCCCAUUGAUGGUACCUUUUUAGUGUGGCAUGUGAAAUAUUUGGAUGAGUACAAUCCAGGAAUAUUUAGACAAGUUCAGAUUUCAUUUUCUUCUCGGAUUCCUGUUGCAUUUCCAUCAGGAGAUGCCAGCUCCCUUAGUAAAAACAUCAUGAUGUAUGCUUGCACUACCUCUACAAAAGAUGUCAUUAGUGCUGUGCAUCAGACGACAGCUAAUAUUCCAGAUAGCACUCUAGGAAUUAAUGGACCAAGCUCUUCCCAGGGUAACCCAAAUGUGAAUAUAAUGGCUCCUAUCGUGAUGAUGGUUUCCAAACAUAUAGAUGGAUCCCUAAACCAGUGGGCAGUUACUUUUGCUGAUAAAUCUGCUUUUACCACUGUGCUUACUGUAUCACAUAAAUUUAGGUACUGUGGUCACCGAUUUCAUCUCAAUGACCUGGCUUGCCAUUCUGUUUUACCUUUGUUAUUAACAUCUUCUCAUCAUAAUGCUCUGUUAACUCCUGAAUCAGAUCAUCCAUGGGACGCUGAUAGAUUAAGCAAAAUAAUGGAUCCUAUUAAACAUUUAAAAGGUUCUUCUAGGCAACAUCUUAGAAAUGCAGCAACUUGUACGUUCCAUGACCCAAAUGCAAUCUACAGUGAGCUGAUUCUGUGGCGUGUAGACCCCAUUGGACCUUUGUCAUACACUGGAGGAGUAUCUGAAUUGGCUCGAAUUAACUCGCUUCAUACGUCUGCCUUCUCUAAUGUGGCCUGGCUUCCAACUCUUAUUCCCAGCUAUUGUCUUGGUACAUACUGCAAUUCUGCUAGUGCUUGCUUUGUAGCAUCUGAUGGCAAAAAUCUGAGGCUUUAUCAAGCAGUGGUAGAUGCACGAAAACUUCUAGAUGAAUUGUCUGACCCUGAAUGUUCUAAACUCAUUGGGGAAGUGUUUAACAUUGUGAGCCAACAAUCUACUGCUCGACCAGGAUGCAUUAUUGAACUUGAUGCAAUAACAAACCAAUGUGGCUCAAAUACACAGUUGCUUCAUGUCUUUCAAGAAGAUUUCAUUUUGGGGUACAAACCACAUAAGGAAGAUGUGGAAGGGAAGGAAACAGAAACAUUUUUCAAACCAUCACAAGGGUAUCGUCCACCACCUUUCUCAGAAAAAUUCUAUCUUGUAGUAAUUGAAAAAGACAGGAAUGGCUGCUCCGUUCUUCACAUGUGGCAUCUUCAUCUUAAAUCUGUGCAAGCAUGUUUAGCAAAAAAACCUGAAGUUACUUCAUCAGAGAAUCAACUUUGUGUACCUGAACCAAAGACUGUGGAGUCUUCUCCAGAUACCUCACCUGGCUCAACUCCUAUGCCACGUUCUUCAUCAAUUGCUAAUCUUCAGACUGCCAGUAAACUCAUUCUGAGUUCUAGACUUGUAUAUAGCUAUCCACUUGAUCUUCCAACUGGUGUAGAAGUAAUAAGAGCAACCCCUUCAGCAGGUCACCUGAGCUCAUCAUCAAUAUACCCAGUAUGCCUUGCGCCUUAUUUGGUAGUAACAUCCUGUUCAGACAACAAAGUGCGGUUCUGGAGAUGCACUGUAGAGAUGGAUCUAAAUAGUGGAAAAGAAGUGAGGGAGACAUAUCAUUGGAGAAAAUGGCCUUUAAUGAAUGAUGAGGGGGAAAACAACAGCAGUACAGUACACAUAAUAGGAAGGCCAGUUGCUGUUAGCUGUUCUUACACAGGACGUCUUGCUGUGGCAUACAAACAACCUUUACAGCAUAACGGUUUUGUUUCCAAAGAAUUUUCUAUGCAUGUUUGUAUAUUUGAAUGUGAGUCUACAGGAGGAUCAGAAUGGGUUUUGGAACAGACAGUUCAUCUGGAUGACUUAGUUAAGGUUGGGAGUGUACUUGAUUCAAGGGUCAGUGUAGAUAGUAAUUUGUUUGUAUAUAGUAAAUCAGAUGUAUUUUUAAACAAGGACAAAUACCUUAUGCCCAAUAUCAAGCAUUUGGUACAUUUGGAUUGGGUAUCAAAAGAAGAUGGCUCACAUAUACUUACAGUUGGGGUGGGUGCCAAUAUAUUUAUGUAUGGACGACUUUCAGGAAUUGUGACCGAGCAAACAAACAGUAAGGAUGGAGUAGCUAUUAUUACUUUACCACUAGGUGGUAGCAUAAAACAAGGUAUAAAGUCCAAAUGGGUACUGCUGAGAUCUAUUGACUUGGUGUCUUCUGUAGAUGGCACUCCUUCAUUGCCAGUUUCUCUCUCUUGGGUACGAGAUGGUAUACUGGUAGUGGGAAUGGACUGUGAAAUGCAUGUGUAUGCACAAUGGAAACAUGCUGUCAAAUUUGGUGAUGGCGAAAGUGAUGUUUUUACUGCUGAAGACUCAGCAACUCAAGAUCCAUUAAAAACAAGUUUGCUAGCAAAGAAGACCAGUGUAAUUGAUGGAGCAGGUGUUGUAGAUGAUGUCUUUGGCACUCCAACUGUAAUUCAAGAUGGAGGCCUUUUUGAAGCUGCUCAUGUCCUUUCCCCUACACUUCCACAGUAUCAUCCAACCCAGCUGUUAGAAUUGAUGGACUUAGGUAAAGUUCGCCGAGCUAAAGCCAUUCUGUCCCAUUUAGUUAAAUGUAUUGCAGGAGAAGUUGCAAUAGUUAGAGAUGCAGAAGCUGGGGAAGGUGGUGGACCUAAACGUCAUCUUUCUCGUACCAUUAGCGUAAGCGGUAGUACUGCAAAGGACACAAUCGCUGCUGGAAAAGAUGGUACUCGAGACUAUACUGAGAUAGAUUCUAUUCCACCACUGCCAUUGUAUGCGUUGCUUGCUGCUGAUCAAGAUACCACAUACAAAAUUUCUGAAGAAACUUCUAAAGUACCUAAAAGAUUUGAAGAUCACACUAAAAGAAAAACAGAGGAUCAAUACUCAAAUUUAUUCCAGAUGCAGCCUGUUACAACUGAUGACUUCAUUGAUUUUGAGAUGGAAAAGAGAGAGAGUAAAUCCAAAGUAAUUAACCUCUCUCAAUACGGGCCAUCUUACUUUGGCCGAGAACACGCUAGUGUCCUCUCAAGUCAUCUGAUGCACUCAAGUUUGCCAGGCCUCACUCGCUUGGAGCAGAUGUUUCUGGUUGCUUUGGCAGACACUGUGGCUACAACAAGCACUGAACUUGAUGAGAACAGAGAUAAGACUUACUCAGGCAGAGACACAUUAGAUGAAUGUGGCUUGCGGUAUUUGUUGGCUAUGCGCUUGCAUACAUGCCUUCUGACAUCACUGCCACCUUUAUAUCGAGGUCAGCUGCUUCAUCAAGGUGUAUCUACCUGCCAUUUUGCCUGGGCUUUUCAUUCUGAGGCUGAGGAAGAGUUGAUCAACAUGAUUCCUGCUAUCCAGAGAGGAGAUCCACAGUGGUCGGAACUAAGAGCAAUGGGUAUAGGUUGGUGGGUCAGGAAUAUUAACACACUCCGAAGAUGCAUUGAGAAGGUUGCAAAAGCUUCAUUUCAAAGGAACAAUGAUGCCUUGGAUGCUGCAAUUUUUUACCUUGCUAUGAAGAAAAAAGCAGUGGUGUGGGGUCUGUUUAGGUCUCAGUAUGAUGAAAAGAUGACCACAUUUUUCAGCCACAAUUUCAGUGAAGAUAGGUGGCGCAAAGCAGCUUUGAAAAAUGCUUUUGCUUUGUUGGGAAAACAACGCUUUGAACAGUCUGCUGCUUUUUUCUUACUAGCUGGUUCCCUGAAAGAUGCUAUAGAGGUGUGUCUUGAAAAAAUGGAAGAUAUUCAGCUGGCCAUUGUUAUUGCUCGUUUAUAUGAAUCAGAAUUUGAGACCUCCCUCACUUAUACAUCCAUUCUUUAUGAAAAAAUUUUGGGUUGCCAGAAAGAUGGAACUGGAUUCAGAUGUACUAAAUUGCAUCCUGAUCCCUUCCUGCGAAGUCUUGCCUACUGGAUAAUGAAAAACUACACUAGAGCACUUGACACUUUAUUGGAACAAACACCUAAGGAAGAUGAUGAAAAUCCAGUUAUCAUCAAGUCCUGCAAUCCUGUGGUGUUUAGUUUUUACAACUACCUUCGGACCCACCCUUUGCUCAUCCGAAGAUAUUUCAGCUCACCAGAAGGGACUCUGGCCACUUUAGGCAUAAAAACUGAGAAAAGUUUUGUUGAUAAAAUUAAUCUUAUAGAGAGAAAAUUAUUCUUCACCACUGCAAAUGCUCAUUUUAAAGUGGGAUGCCCUGUUUUAGCUCUUGAAGUUCUUUCCAAAAUUCCAAAAAUAAGUACAAAGUCCAGCAUUUCUACCGAGAGAGAUCAAUCCAGUUCAAGUCCUACUAGAAAAACUGAUGUGAUUCUAGAGUCAAACACUGAGAGUGAUGGUGCUGAAAGUAGUAAUAUAGACUGGUCAAAGCCAUUUUCAGCUUCAUCUGCCUUGGAAAGUAGCACUGGUUCUUCAGCACAAUUUGAUUGGAGUCAGCCAGCAGUAAAAUUCGAUGAGGAGUCUCUUACUCUUGACUGGGGUGAAGACAAAGAUGGCUCAGGGGAAGAGAAAGAUGAUGUUGGUUUAACAAUGAAAGGUUCGAAAUUGGACUCUAAAAAUGGAAAACUAGAUGAGAAGAGUGCACACACUAAUGUACUGCAGACACCUCAAGGGGAGGACUCUGAUGCAGGUGACACUGAGGUUGAUGUAAUUGCCGAACAACUGAAGUUCAGAGCCUGUUUGAAGAUCCUAAUGACCGAACUGAGGACUUUGGCUACAGGGUAUGAGGUAGAUGGAGGGAAGCUUAGAUUUCAACUGUACAAUUGGCUGGAAAAAGAAAUUGCUGCUAUGCAUGAAAUAUGUAACCAUGAAGCAGGUAGCAAAGACUAUUGUGAAACGUAUACUAAAGUAGAUGGUGACAGACUUGAUCAUGAAGAAAUUGUGGAUAAGCCAGAUAUUGGCUCAUAUGAACGUCACCAGAUAGAAAGACGUAGGUUGCAGGCGAAACGAGAGCAUGCUGAAAGACGAAAGUGGUGGCUGCAAAAGAAUCAAGCUCUCCUGAGAGUUUUCCUAAGUUACUGUAGCCUUCAUGGGGCACAAGGUGGUGGUCUAGCAUCUGUAAGAAUGGAGCUCAAGUUUUUGUUGCAAGAGUCUCAGCAGGAAACUACAGUAAAGCAACUUCAGUCUCCCCUUCCAUUACCCACAACGCUACCACUGCUUUCUGCAAGUAUUGCUUCAACAAAAACUGUAAUAGCUAACCCUGUGCUGUACUUAAAUAACCACAUCCAUGACAUUCUUUACACCAUAGUGCAGAUGAAAUUUCCACCCCAUCCUAAUGUCGAAGAUGUAAAGGUGCAUACACUUCAUUCAUUAGCAGCUUCACUUUCUGCGUCUAUUUACCAAGCUUUAUGUGACAGCCACAGCUACAGCAGUCAAACGGAAACAAAUCAGUUUACAGGAAUGGUUUAUCAAGGACUGCUUUUGAGUGAUCGACGCAGGCUGAGGACAGAAAGCAUUGAAGAACAUGCAACACCAAAUUCAACUCCUGCUCAAUGGCCUGGUGUGAGCUCACUUAUAAAUCUCUUAAAUUCAGCCCAGGAUGAGGACCAACCAAAGUUAAACAUUUUACUCUGUGAAGCCGUUGUAGCUGUUUACCUAAGUCUCCUGAUACAUGCCCUUGCUACUAAUUCUUGCAAUGAAUUGUUUCGGCUAGCAGCCCAUCCCCUGAACGGUCGAAUGUGGGCUGCUGUCUUUGGGGGAGGAGUGAAACUUGUUGUGAAACCCCGAAGACAAUCUGAAAAUAUUCCAGCACCUCCCGUUCCUUCAGAAGAAAUGGAUAAGCAUCGUCGUCGAUUUAAUAUGAGAAUGCUUGUACCAGGGAGACCAGUAAAAGAUAGUGUUGUACCUCCACCUGUGCCUGCAGAAAGGCCUUCUUACAAAGAAAAAUUCAUUCCUCCAGAACUCAGCAUGUGGGACUAUUUUAUGGCAAAGCCAUUUCUUCCUUUAUCAGAUAGUGGUGUUAUAUAUGAUUCUGAUGAAAGCAUUCACAGUGAUGAAGAGGACGAUGAUGGUGCUUUCCUUUCUGACACACAGAUCCAGGAACACAAAAAUGCCAAUUCUUACAGCUGGUCUCUCAUACAUUUGGUGAUAGUAAAACUAGCUCUGUACAACAUAAAGAACUUUUUUCCCAUUGCUGGUUUGGAAUUCUUUGAUCUGCCUGUGACAUCACCAUUGGGUAUAGCUGUGAUUAAAAAUUUGGAAAACUGGGAACAGAUCCUUCAAGAGAGAGUGGAUCAGUUUGAAGGCCCACCACCGAACUACAUCAAUACCUAUCCCAGUGACAUUGGAGUGGGAGCUGGAUCAGCUGUUCUCCGCAACAAAGCAAUGCUUGAACCUGAAAACACACCAUUCAAAUCAAGGGAUUAUUCAUCACUUCCAGUUAAAAGACUAUGGCAUUUUCUUGUGAAACAAGAACUUCUUCAGGAGACCUUCAUAAGAUAUAUAUUCACUAAGAAAAGAAAGCAAAGUGAGUCUGUAGAAGAUCGUGUGGAGCAGGUCAAACAAAACUGCGUAGCAGAAGAUCACAAAAACAAGGUUGAAGCAGAUCUCGGCUACCCAGGGGGAAAAGCAAAAAUAAUUCACAAAGAAUCUGAUAUGAUAAUGGCAUUUGCAGUUAAUAAGGCAAACAGUAGUGAAAUUGUUUUAGCAUCUACACAUGAUGUGCAAGAACUUGAUGUUUCAGCUCUGUUGGCUGCUCAGUCAUUUAUAUGGAUUGGGGAAGAAUAUGACAGAGAAUCUAAAAGUUCAGAUGACCUUGACUUCCGUGGUUCUACCACAACACUCACUCAGUCAAGUGCACCAUCAUUUGGAGUGAAUCAGAUGCAGCCGUCUUCACCGAUGCCAUGGUUAGGUAGCGGACAAACUAGCACUGGAGCUGGUGUGCUCAUUAAAAGAAAUCUGAAUAAUGUCAAGAGAAUGGCUUCACAUCCAGUCCAUCAGUAUUAUCUCACAGGAGCCCAAGAUGGUAGCGUUCGAAUGUUUGAAUGGACAAGGCCACAGCAGCUGAUAUGCUUCCGACAAGCUGGCAACGCAAGGGUUACUAGAAUGUAUUUCAAUUCCCAGGGCAAUAAGUGUGGCGUGGCGGAUGGAGAGGGAUAUUUAAGUAUUUGGCAAGUCAACCAAAUUGUAUCUAAUCCUAAACCAUAUCUGAGUUGGCAGUGUCACACUAAAACCACAAGUGACUUUGCGUUCAUUACCUCUUCAAGUCUAGUGGCUACAUCCGGGCAGUCCAACGAUAACAGAAAUGUGUGCUUGUGGGACACUUUGGUAUCCCCUGGUAACAGUCUCAUUCACGCCUUCACUUGUCAUGAUCAUGGUGCCACAGUGCUUCAGUAUGCACCUAAGCAGCAACUGUUGAUUUCUGGAGGCAGAAAAGGAUGUGUCUGCAUCUUUGACAUCCGACAGAGACAAAUCCUGCAUACCUUCCAAGCGCAUGACUCUGCUAUUAAGGCUCUUUCGCUAGAUCCUUCUGAAGAAUACUUUGCAACAGGCUCAGCAGAAGGUAACAUGAAGGUCUGGGGACUCACAGGCUACGGGUUAAUUCAUUCCUUUAAAAACGAACAUGCCAAACAGUCCAUAUUCAGAAAUAUUGGUGCUGGAGUCAUGCAGAUUGAAACUGUGCAAGACAAUCGCAUCUUCUCCUGUGGAGCAGAUGGCACACUGAAAAUGAGAGUUCUACCUAAUGCUUUCAACAUCCCUGCAGGCAUUUUUGACGUUCUGUAGAUUUACGCUGUUUAGGCCUGUUUUCUAUACAGUUCCGUUAAAUAGCUACAAUGCAGUAAUAUGCAUUAAUGAAAGGAAUUAUCGUACACUGCUUUCAGAGCAAUUACUGCAGCAUUAAAUAUUAUAUGAAACACAAAAAGACUGACUUUUAAAGCAGGGUUCUUGAGCACUGCAUACAUAGAUUGGUGGGAAUGGAAAUGCAUGUUGUGCAUUGUAAAAAACAAAGAAUAAAACCCAUUGAAGUCAUAGGUAGGUUAGUGCUCAAUAACCUACAGCAAGCCUCCCUUAGUAAGUAUCUUACACAGAUUCUAACAGUAGCUGCAGACAUAUACAAGUACUGUGGCUAAAUAAAGUCAAUAAGCAGUGUGUAAUGUGAUUCAGGUUUUAUUUUUCUUCCAGUUCUUGCCACUAUGAAGCAUGUCUACAACCACUCAUUUAAAAAAUAGCCUGUUGUAAUGAAGGGUAUUCAGAGUAUGGAAGAAUUUGUAGGCCAGGAAAGUGUAAUAGAUGCAAAAGCUGUGGAACAAUGUGCAAUGAAGAAAGUACUAUAAGACACAUGUAUUGUUUUAUGCUGAUAUUUUUACCAGGUAGUAUUAAAUACACAGUUGAUACUAUACACUGCACAUGGACACGUUUUUAAAAUGCAGUGUUUUCUUUAUUUGCACAUUACUUUUUCUUUGAUGGCUGUUUUAUAUUUUGGAGAUCUGCCUUUACAUUAGAAAUGUAAUGUGAACAUUAAAUGUUUGUAGUGAAGAGAAACAUGUUUUUAGUUAGCUUUUAGUUUUGAAACUCUUAUUUGUCCAGGGAAAACAAAGACUUCCUUAAAUGAAGCUAUAAAAGAGAAUACCACUGUAACAUACAAUGCCACAUUUCAGAUAAAUGUCAGGCUUUAUGUGGCCAGCUAAUAAAUAGUUGAUAAAACUGGUAAUUUAAGUUAUUACCGCAGCAUAUUAUAUAAACUAUGCAGAGUUCAGUAUUGUUUGCUUGUAAUAUACUAGCCACUGUUGUCACAUUUAGAUGUAUUUUUCUGUGUAAACAAAAACCAUGUUCUUAAUAAGAUAUUGGAAUGGAUGUCUGUGUAUUUAAAUGUUAACUAAUUGUCCUACUUCUUCAAUGAGAAUUUUGGUGUCUGUGCUGCAGUGUAAAAUAUAAUGGGAUAAAAUGUACCUUUCUCCAAAGGGGAUUUUAAUUGCAGGUUGUGAAGUACGGAUAUGAAAGAAAAGGAAGUGUCAUUUGUUAGUUUUACCUUUAAGUUAAAUAAAUUCCUUUUAUUUCAUGGAA